CGGGAGCUUUCCUAGUUCCCGUGGCACUGGCAGUCGAAGCUCGCGCGUUGCGACGCUCAUACGCGUUGCGUUGUCCGGGAUAAGUACGAUUCGUCCGUGAAUGACAGUGAAUAUUCAUGACCUACCCGUGAAGCCGCAAUGAAAACCCCGCCAUAAAACAUUAUAAAACAAAUUCAAAAAUAGAACGACCUUCAUUAAUAAAGUGAAUUGACAUUUAAACUUUUUGGAUUGAAGAACUUAUCAAAAACCACUAAAAAUACAAUAGUUCUUAAAAGAGUAUAUCUUUUUUUUUACAAUUCAAUGCUCAGAGUUCUAGGUCAUUUGAGCGUUAUUAAAAAAAUAUUGUUUUCUUGAAAAGUAUUACUUUUGUUGAAAAGUAUUAAGUCUUGGGUUCCAGCUGUUUUAAGCCUUUUUCUUGAAUGAUAAAUUAUUACCACAGAUAAAUAAUAUUUAAAAAAAUGCUUCGGUAUUGGCUAUGCUUCGCGAGUGCUGUGUAUUUAGCGGGACAAUGCGGUGCGAAUUAUUGCCGAGACGCGAAUCUAUGCUGUCCGGGACGGGACAGCUCCUGCGUGGUACAGAAGGCGCAUCAGAACGCGAUCAUAGAGGACCUGACUGAUAAGCCGUGCUACUGUGACCACGCUUGCUUGAAACUGGGAGACUGCUGUCCUGACUUUAGGGAAACUUGUGGAGUGACGGACUGCGUGGUGUCUGGUUGGGGGGAGUGGUCUGAAUGCGACACGACAUGUGGCUCGGGCAGCAUGGUGCGAAGCCGACGCGUGGUGCAGGCAGCGGCGCAUGGCGGACACCACUGCCCAUCGCUGGUGCAGCGCAGAGCGUGCCAGGCUCAUCACGGCUGCACGGCCGACAGCGAUAUGCUGCUCAGAGAUGAGUCAGCGAUGAUUCUCCCCGGAGCGCUGUCCGUCAGCCGGCACUCCAACGAGACGGUGGACAUCAGGAAGAACCUUCGCUUGCGAAACCCGGAUGAUCCAGAGUCUAAUUCACAUAGAGAAUAUUGCGUGCAGUACGAAGUGACGAAGGUCUCCAAGGCUUGCCACACCGAUUCCGACUACAAGGCUUUGAGAGAAGGCAACACAGUAUGCGUGAUGUGCGAGACGGCAGCUCUCCGCCGGGACCUGAAAUGGCGGUGCGGCGGGCACGGCGUGGCGGGCCACAGCACCAGAUUCUACGCGCUCGUCGCGCCGCACUGCCACGGGAAGUGGGUCCGGAGCGCGGACAACCCGGACAAGAAGAGCGACUGCUGCACCGACCCGGACUUUAUUUUUGUAUAAACUGAUAAUUUAGCCAUACAUUGAAUCGAUUGAAAACAAUGGGGAUGAUGACUAGGUUUGAAUAUAUUGAUUUUUAUGAUACAUUCGGGUAAAUACGGUCAAUGUUAACUCAUUUAUACAUAAAAAGCAAAGAUUGUCUGGAUAUUUGCAAAAUAAAUAAUAUUAUAAAAUUUCAAAAUCUAUUAAAUUUUUUUUUAUCGUAAUUAGCUGAAAAUUCAUACAGUUUUAGCUUCCUUUCAUUAAAUGUGACAUUUUUCAAUAAAUGAACUAUAAACAUAAACGCACAAAUAACAAAGAUAUUAGUAAUUUUGUUUGAACGCCCAUACAAACCUAACGAUCAGCGAGCCAACGACGUCACUAAAUCGUGCCAUUUUGUAUGGAGCGUUUUUCAGGGAUCCGCGGCAGCGCCGCAAAUCUGACCCUUUAAAUCCCUGUAGCUCCGAAAGUAAUGAUCGCAGAUACCCUGUUACUUUUACAAAAUUGCUUUACUAUUAGUAUACUCUUAAUUUAUAUACAAUUUAAAAAACUGUCAUCAUCCCAUGCAAUUUAACUGAUUUUAAAAUAGUUAUAGUCCGAUUCACACUUUAUGACGUCACGGAACAGAUGCACAAUACAAUAUUAUUAAAAGUGAAGACCAUCGCCACUACGUUACCGCUGAUACCUAAAAAAAUUAUAAUGAUUUAUUGAAAUAGCUUUAUUGCAACAAACAUAUAUAUAAACAUACAAAAUCUUAGAACUAAGAAUAAAAUGCAGAGCAAGAGGCGACCUAAUCACUAAUAGUGAUAUUUUCCGGGUUACCUAUAGCGUUUUUUAGAUAGCAUGGGUAUGGUGACAGUUGCCUUAUGACGUUCAUAAUACGUACUAUUAUCGUGAAUCGCGGCUAACUUUCAAGAGUGAAUCUGUCACUGUACUCAUGCUAUCUAAAAACAUAGUUAAUCUGGAAGAGAUCACUAUUAGUGAUAAGGUCUUGCACUGCAUUUUACCCUUAGUUCUAAGAUUUUAUGUUUAUAUAUGUGUUUGUUGCAAUAAAGCUGUUUAAAUAAAUCAAUAAUUUUUUUAGGUAUCAGCGGUAACGUAGCCUCGGGGCGACUAACAUGCGACCAACGAUAUUAUACCGUGAAUAGAAAUAGACCAUACAACCAACUUCAGAGACGGCACAAAGCUUAAAUCGAACUACAAGAGUGGCGUUCAAGCACUUCAUAGGCGCAAAAAUGUACUGCAUACCCUGAGGACCUAUUGCAAACCAGUAUAUAGGACCAGGAAGUUCUCAUUUGUACAAUUUUUACAUAAGGUGCUUACCCUAGUUAGCGACCUUAUGCACGCCAUUUUACUUCAAAGGAAGUUAUCAAUUGGAUUUUUGGCAAUGUCCUACUAUAACUCCGUUAAACUCGAAAAAAGUUGGAUCCUUCACCAAGGAGGCAUUGGUCCAAUGUGGUCUAUCACGAUGUCCUACGUUCGAUUCCUGGGAGAAGCUAUAAGAAAAUUUGUAUAAUCCGGUAUGUAUUACUGAACUGAAGCGGCGAAAUUCCUUUGUACCAAAUACCUAAACAUCAUAAUCAGCUGUAAUUAGCUGAGUAUUGGACACAAUUACUAAUUGAUUUGCUAAUUACCCACUGGUUUGUACAACGGAAUGUAACAAGUUAAUCACAAAGGCGCAUUGUUCAACAGUGGCUUAACACUUUCGAUGUGUUACGAGGUCUAAGUAGCCCCGUACGUGUCUCAAUUGCGGUGCGGCUAAUAAAAACAAUAAUUAUUGCAUGCGCUAAAAGAGUAACUUUGCCUUGUUCUCCAUCGCGCAAAGACCAUAACCACAAAGUAGUGAUUAAAAAGAUAUCUCUCCAAAUAUAUUAUAAGUCAAUAUAACGAAGUGAUAUUUAAUUUCUUAAAACAGUGAAGGAAAAACAUCGUGAGGAAACAUACCAGAGAAUUUUCUUAAUUCUCUGCGUGUGUGAAGUCUGCCAGCGUGGUGCACUAUUGGCCAAACCCUCUCAUUCUGAGAGGAGACUCGAGCUCAGCAGUGAGCCGAAUAUGGGUUGAUAAUGAUGAUGAAACGCCCUGAAAGAAUUAAAUGUUAUGGGGUCAAAAAGACCUCGUGUCACAAUAAAAGAUUUAGUACGGGUCACAAAUACCAAACAAUAAAAUAAGUUGAUGGUGGUGAUGGGUUUUUAAAUCAGCAAAAAUAAAGAGGUGGUUGUACUUCUAGGGUAAGCAUAAUUAUACCAUUCAGAACAUAACAACUGGUACUUAACUAGCCACAACACCUAAAUUACGUUUAAUUAUGUCUAAAUUAGCAAUGUAUGUAUAUAAGCAUCAUCAUUUAACUGUAUUUCAAAAGGUCAAAGGUUCGAAUCUCAGCUAAGUACUCUUAUGUCGUAUUUUCAAUGGAACCAAUAAAAUAAUUUCAAUAAUUAUGGCUAAUGUUUUUUUUAAUAAUUCUGUAAGGAAAUUAAUUAGUUUUUAAUCUCUUAACUAGCUUUAUUAAUAAAGUUAGUUUAGUUUUAAUAUAAUAUAGUAGAUGUUUUUUGUUAAGGAUUAUUAUCUAAGUAAGACUUGAAAAAAUGUCGAAUAAAAACAUAUCUUUGACGAACUAUGUAAAUAGAUUAUAAAUAAACGCACUGAAAUUA